AUGAAUUUUCUUGAAAAUCUUCUUGAACUUAAUUCACAUGUUCAUAUACAUAAUGAUAAACGAGUUUAUGUUGAACAAACUAUUCGUUCAUUAAUAAAUGAUGAACGGAAAAAGUUACAUGUUGUAGCUGAUUUUGAUUUUACAUUAACUAUGUAUGAAAAAAAUGGAGUUGCUUUACCAUCGACAUUUGCUGUUAUUGAAGGCGACAAUCGAGUUACAUUACCCAAUGGUUCAUUACUUCGUAUUCAAGCUGAUCAAUUACGUUCAAAAUAUAUGCCAAUAGAACAUGAUGUUUCAAUGAAUGUGGAAGAAAAACUUCCUUACAUGAUUGAAUGGUGGCAUAAAGCUCAAUCUCUUAUUAUUUCAUCAAAUCUUGAUAAAUCAAUGCUACAUAAUGUAGUUUAUCAAUCAAAAAUGGAAUUAAAAAAAGGUGUAAGAAAAUUCAUUACUGAUUUAUUACACAGUGAUGUUAUUGAAGUUUUUCUCGAAAAAGAAAUUCCUGAAUUUAAACAUAAUCAUGAAUUAUCACACGUUGUUUCAAAUUUUAUUGAAUUUGAUGCAGAUGGUAAUUCAAUAUCAUUUAGUAAAAAACUUAUUCAUACAUUUAAUAAAAAUGAACAAGAAAUUCACAAUACAUCUUAUUAUCAAUCAAUUCUUAAUCGUCCAAAUGUUAUUCUUUUGGGUGAUACUCUUGGUGAUGUUGGGAUGAUUGGUGGAAUGAAAAAUUUAAAGCAUGUACUGAAAAUUGGAUAUUUAAAUCAUAGUACCCCUACAAAAUUAGAAGUUUAUAAAAAUGUUUAUGAUAUUGUUCUCUGUGAUGAUCAAACUUUUGAUAUACCUAAUCUCAUUUUAGAAGCAAUUUAA